CCGUCAACUGCCACACGUCCUCUCUGAGUAACAUGGCUUCUCCCUGUCUUCCCCGUCUCUUUGGCCGCACCGCCAGAACCCUCUGCAAGCCUAGACGACAGCUUGUCCCGCGCUCGUCAUGGCGGGCCGCGUCCACCAAGCACCCGCAGGGCUUCGUUCCUCCAACAGAAGAAGACCUCGUGGAGUUGAGAGAGCGAGUUCAGGAAUUCACCAGGCGUGAAAUACCCGAGGAGGUUGCCGCAAAGACCGACCUAGAGAACAACUUCCCACCGGAAAUGUGGCAGAAACUGGGCGAGGCUGGUUUCCUCGGGGUCACCGCAGACGAGCAAUACGGUGGUCUGUCCAUGGGAUAUCAAGCGCACUGUAUUGUCUUGGAAGAGAUCAGCCGUGCGUCCGGCAGCAUUGGCCUGUCUUACGCCGCCCAUUCCCAGCUCUGUGUCAAUCAGCUGUCAUUGAACGGAACUCCCGAGCAGAAGGCUAAGUAUCUACCCGGUUUGAUAUCGGGAGAGAAAAUCGGCGCCCUGGCCAUGUCUGAACAUUCCGCCGGAUCUGAUGUCGUGAGCAUGAAGACGACCGCCAAGGCCGUUGACGGAGGGUAUAUCCUCAACGGCACCAAGAUGUGGAUCACCAAUGGUCCCGAUGCGGAUUAUAUUGUUGUCUACGCCAAAACUGAGCCUACCGGUGGCUCAAAGGGCAUCACUGCCUUUAUCGUGGAGACUUCCUCCAAGGGAUUCUCAUGCGCACGAAAACUGGACAAGCUGGGAAUGAGAGGCUCAAACACCGGUGAACUCAUCUUCGAGGAUGUCUUCGUGCCCAAGGAGAAUAUCCUUGGAACAGUUAACCGCGGCGUCAAGGUCCUCAUGGAGGGAUUAGACUUGGAGCGUCUGGUCCUCAGCGCCGGCCCUCUAGGUAUCAUGCAAGCUACCCUCGACCUCGUCCUUCCCUACACCCACACCCGCAAACAGUUCAACGCCCCCAUCGCCCAUAACCAACUCGUCCAGGGCAAACUCGCAGAUAUGUAUACUAAACUUGCCGUCUCGCGCGCCUACACCUACAACACCGCCCGACAAAUUGAUAACUCCGCCGCUUCUCCCGAGGGCACUCAGAUCCGCACCCAGGAUUGUGCGGGUGCCAUUCUCUACGCCGCCGAGCGUGCGACAGAGUGUACAUUGGAUGCCAUUCAGUUGAUGGGUGGUACGGGUUAUAUCAAUGAGAUCCCCGCGGGAAGAUUGCUUAGGGACGCGAAGCUAUAUGAGAUUGGCGCUGGAACAAGUGAAAUUCGACGAAUGGUUAUUGGCAGGGCGUUUAACAAGGAGUAUGCUUAAGAGGGCUUUUAGGGGGACCUUUGUUGUCAGCGAUGAUACCUAUGUAU